AUGAAAGACUCGCUUUACGAUCGCCUUUGGCGCCGGGAAUGCGGGGAACAGCUGCGGUAUUCUGGGCUUCGGGGAAUUUACGGAUCUAAGGAAUGGAUCAAUGAUCUCGACAUUGUGAACGAACUCGGUGGGCAUACUGGUUGUGUCAAUGCCCUCAGUUGGUCAAAGUCAGGGCGUCUUUUGGCGUCGGGCUCUGAUGAUAGACACCUCAAUAUCUACUCCUACCAACCCGACUCCUCCGAUGCCCCAUUCGCGCUCAACACCACCGUUGCCACCGGUCAUAAAGCAAAUAUCUUCUCCGUCAAGUUUAUGCCACACUCAAAUGAUGGGACUCUGGUUACAUGUGCCGGCGACUCGCAGGUUCGCGUCUUCGAUAUCGAAUAUUCAAGUGGGAGUAGAAAUGAUGCUACCACCUCCGCAUUUGCAGCCUCCACUCAGAGCCGAAGCUUCGAUGAGUUCUUCAGUGGCACGCGGUACCUGAGUGACGGCAAUACCAACGCCAGAUUGUAUCGAAGCCACGCCGAUAGCGUAAAGCGCAUCGUUACCGAAUCCUCCCCAUUCCUCUUCCUCACUUGCUCUGAGGAUGGUGACGUCCGCCAGUGGGAUCUGAGGCUACCAUCUAGUGCAUACCCUCCGCCACGCGGUGGCCAAGGCUUCAUGGCAUACCGACAAGGGUUAGAACAUGAUGGCUCGAAUGUUCCACCGCCUCUCAUAUCUUACAGACCAUACGGUUUGGACCUCAAUACCAUCUCCUGCUCGCCAAGUCAGCCGCAUUAUAUUGCCUUGGGUGGUGCGCACCUCUACUGCUUUUUGCAUGACAGACGAAUGCUUGGCCAGAAGACCUCUGCUAGUGCUGCCAGCCUCAAUAAUGACGAAGAGAUGAGCAAGGCGACGCGAUGCGUGCGAAGAUUCGCACCGGGUGGCAAGCACAAUUUGAAAUUCGAUGAUGGACAUAUCACUGCUUGUAAAAUCAGUGAUGCGAACCCCAAUGAGAUGGUUGUUAGCUGGUCUGGGGAUCACAUUUACAGUUUUGAUUUAAUCCGCAGCCCAGAUGCCCGAGAGGUACAGGCGGGCGAUAAAUCGACUCUCAAGGGCAAGGAUCGACAGGCUCGCCGCAGUUCACGGAGCCGGAAGCGCAAGAAGCCCACAACACCUUCAUCGCAAGAAAGUGAUGGCCGACAUCAGUCCCACCGUCGGUCAGCAGAGCCAGAUAAUUUUAGGAUCCAAUAUGAGAAUGGCGAAUCAGAGGAUGUCCCAUUUCCCACAUUAUCAGAUAGUGUCAUAGACACCGACCCCGAGAAUUUGCUCGAGCAGGCUCGGUAUUCUGUGCUGAAUGAUGCCCAGCGAUUGAGCAUGCAGAUUGCAAAGGGGUUAGUAGAACUUCGAAAGGCUCUGUUCUCAGAACCGACAGUCCGGGACGCCGCAGGGUCCGACGAGGUGGGACCCGAAUCGUACUCGAGAUAUUUUUCAUCCGCACUGGAAAUUGCGUCUACGUUUCUUCCACAAAUGGGCAAUGUCAUGCGCGACUGGCGCUAUCCCGUGAACCCAUCACAGGAGACAGUUAAUUUCCAGCAAUCGCUUCGUCGCAAUCGCCAAUCGUCAUGGAGAUUUGUCCAGGCUGCUGGCACACUUGCUCAUGCAUUGGCAGAUCAAACGCAAGUUCUGGAAGAAUCAAGUUUCCAAAUGAUCAGGCCUGCACCAGGCGAAGAUGGCCCUAUUGAGCUGGCAGCUCAGUUUGGCUAUGAAUUCCUCCGGGCAAUUCUUCUUUGGCUGCAGGGUGGCAGGCGGCGUCUUCUAGAGGGCUUUCAACACCACAAUGCCCCUCGACGAUUACAUUGCCGAUUUCCUAUCCCAGAUGAGUCAGGAGAGGAUGCCAUCGAAACCAUUCUAGUACCCUACAUUAUGGAAUUGGCCCGUGACACUCCGAUUGUGAAUGUUGACGCCUCCAGAUUCGAGCAUGACAGUACGCGCAUUCUGUUCCAAACCCAACGGGCUGCCGUGACUGCAUUUGGGAAUGCUAUUAGAUUGCCCUUGGAAGAUCUUGGGGGCUCGGCUGCUCGGUUCGACAGAAGCCGUGCUUCUAAUCCUGCCUCACAAAUCCGCUCUCUCGACCGGGCCUCUGCGAAGAGGUUCUGGAUUUUACGAGUGGGCCGAGGAAUCUUGAUGGGGGCAGGCAGUGAAGUAAAUUACAGAUUUGUCAACAAUGCUUUCGGCGGACUUCACACCACAACGAACGAGUCUAAUGAUUUGAAUGAAGAAAGGGACCCAGUUUAUACCGAUCGCAAUGUGGAGGAAGAACGAAUCCAACACAUUGAACUCAUCGGGGCUAGGCAAAAUAACCCUCGGCCUGAAAUCUCUCGAGGCGGUGCAACUUCUUCGGACAAUAGCGACGUCAAUACAGACGAGAAUGAUAGCGAUGACAGCCAUGCAGAAGAUUCAACCGACGAUGAAGACCAUGAUGGCUGGCCCAUGCAUUUAUCUUCAGAUGAAGAUAGUGAGGGAUUUGAUUCCGAUGACAAUAUGCCCCAGAGAUAUGCCAUUAGAAAGGCACGACAUGAGAAUGUCGAGCGCCAUGCUCCAUGUGUGCCUCACAUGAGAAGCUAUCGCGGUCACUGUAACGUCAAGACCGUCAAGGAUGUCAAUUAUUUCGGACUAGAUGAUGAGUACGUGGUCAGCGGCUGUGAUUCUGGCCAUAUAUUUAUCUGGGACCGCAAGACGUCGAAUCUAGUCAACAUCCUAGAAGGCGAUAGUGAGGUUGUCAAUGUUGUUCAAGGCCAUCCCUAUGAACCAAUGAUCGCCGCUUCAGGAAUCGAUAGCACUAUCAAAAUCUUUUCACCAGACCGGAACGCUCAAGAUGAUGCCCGUAAUGGUGUGAACAUCCUCGACCCUGACAAUCCAUCAAACGCGUUUGGACAAAACAACUCUAGUAUCGGCGGUCUCGUGAGCCGGAAGCGAGUUCAUGAAAGCUACCGUAUCAUGAGCCAAAACGAUGUUGAACGUCGUGGUGGUAUGAGUGAGGCACACAUCACUCGGAGCAUGCUCGAGCGCCUGGCUGUUAACCUGAGGGGCCGACAUGGCGGCCUUGGAAUUGAUGAUAUUGCUGCUUCCGGUGACCAUCGGACCGUUGUCAUCGACGAUAAUUGCUCGGUGAUGUGA